AUGCUUCGAGUUUCUAAAGAAGACGGCGACGAAAUCCUCAAAAGAUGUUUCAAUAAUCGCUUGGAUGGUCAGAGCGCAUUGAAUGCGCUACGUAAAAAAUAUCCGGAAGCAGCGGAGGAACAAGAUAAGCUGGAAAACUUGGCAUCCGAUCAAACGCUUUCGAGCUCAAGUUCCGGCGAAACUUCCGAAAAAUCAUCACUCAAACGUCAAGUUAGCGAUGAUUCCUCAGAAACCUCUGGUUCGAAGAAAUCGAGAGAGGAUACUCCGGAAGAUCAGGUCCUGUCAGGAGGUGACUCUUCACAAGAAGGACCAUCAGUAAGUAAUCCAGAAGCACGCGAAAUAACACCAGAUUCUGAAGAAGAGCUUCUCAACGAUUUCGAGGACGAAACGUUUUUUGAUGAUGAAAUUCGAAAAAUGAAGGAGUCAUCAAAACAUUAUACUGAAGAAGAAAUUUGGAAAAAUUCGCGAAGAGGAGUGUUUCUUCGUUUCGAGGAAUGGGCACUUGAGGAAAUCAAAGCUCAAAAAGAUACUAUUCUUAUUCCGAGAUUAAUGUACCUUCGAAAACUUUCCCCUUACUGCCGCGAACUGGUUGAGAACAUCAAGCUGUCAAUCGAAAAGAUCAAACUGACUAUUGGUAGAAACACAGCUUGCAUAGAAACGCAUAUCAAUGGCGACAAGAAAGAAAUCAAGUAUCGUGGAACUCCAGAAUCAGGAGGUACUGGAUUUUCGAGAAACGACAUCUUCAGAGCAUAUGGCGCUCAUCCAAACUUUCGAGCUGUUGUGGUUUGGGAUUUGAUUGCUCUCAUCCGAAUGUCGUCGUUCAAACUUGACGAAUUGGAGAUCACGAUGGGCCAAGUUUUCAAAGAAGACGAACCAAGUUAUUCUGAUGACAAAUUCUAUCAUUGCCUGAGAAAACAUUUGAAACAGUUGUCAAGAGAAGUUGAAGUUGAGAAGUUCUCAUUUACCAUUUCCCUCCGCGAACAAGAGGGUUACCUACUUGAUAACCCCCGAUUGUGCAGUGUGAGCUCUGUCAUGAAGUAUUUGAAGCCGAAAACUCUGAAAUAUCUCAAGUUCCGAAUUUGGAGAGUUCAGUUUCCUCUUCAGCCUCCUUCUGGAACAAAAUUUCGUUGCAUUCAACUCAAUGAACCGAAACCAAAUGAACCGACGCGUCCAACGGACAUUUAUUUCGAACAAAGUCAUUAUGAAUUCCCUAGCACAAUUACAAAGUUGAAGUCAUGGAAAGCGGCUGCUGAGUUAGACAUCGAAGAUGACAAAAUUGUGGGAACAGUUAUUGCGAAUACUCACUUCGAACGUAUUUCAUUCGGACUUAUUUCCGAUCCAGAGAUUGCAGUUGAUAUUAUUAAAACAAUUGCUGCUCAUCCACCAACCGUGGAAAUGUGUGUUGUGACCUUCACAACUCCAAUUGAUUCCAAAACGUUGAGAGAAGCUAUUAAAUAUUCUUGCCCGGACGUUUGUAGUGAAGACAAUAACGAUAUUCUCAUCCAACCAAAAGACAAAGAGAAACGGAAGGUUCGCCUUUGCUUCACGGUCAACGGUUUCAUUUUGACUCUCGACGGAAUUCCUCAAUGA